AAAACAACACUUUAGGAAACAACACUUUAGAAAACAACACUCCAGGGACUAACUCAGCAAACACCAACUUCGGGAACAACACCGCGGGCCCGAAUCCCCCCGGGGCGGGAGCGGGGGCUCGGGCCGGGGGCGGUGAGGCGGGGGGCCCCCCCGGGAGUGACCCCAAACACCCCGGGAGUGACCCCAAACCCCCCGGGAGUGUCCCCAAACCCCCCGGGAGUGACCCCGAACCCCCCGGGAGUGACCCCAAACCACCCGGGAGUGACCCCAAACCACCCGGGAGUGUCCCCAACCCCGGGGGUGUCCCCAGUUCUGAGGGUGUCCCCAACUCUUGGAGUGACCCCAAACCCCCCGGGAGUGUCCCCAAAACCCCCGGGAGUGUCCCCAAACCCCCCGGGAGUGACCCCGAACCCCCCGGGAGUGACCCCAAACCACCCGGGAGUGACCCCAAACCACCCGGGAGUGACCCCAACCCCGGGGGUGUCCCCAGUUCUGAGGGUGUCCCCAACUCUUGGAGUGACCCCAAACCCCCCGGGAGCGUCCCUAAACACCCCGGGAGCGUCCCCAAACCCCCCGGGAGUGACCCCAAACACCCCGGGAGUGACCCCAAAACCCCCGGGAGUGACCCCAACCCCGGGGGUGUCCCCAGUUCUGAGGGUGUCCCCAACUCUGGGAGUGACCCCAACUCUGGGGGUGUCCCCAGUCCUGAGGGUGUCCCCAAACCCAGGAGUGUCCCCACUCCUGAGGAUGUCCCCAACACUGGGACUGUCACCAGCCCUGGGAGUGUCCCCAACCCUGAGGGCAUCCCCAGCUCCAGAAGUGUCCCCAACUCCGGCCGUAUCCCCAAACCUGAGAUCCCCGGGAGUGUCACCAGCCCCGGUGGUGUCCCCAGUGCUCGGGGUGUCCCCAACCCUGGGAGUGUCACCAACCCCAGGAGUGUCCCCAACCCUGGGACUGUCCCCAACCCCGGUGGUGUCCCCAACCCCGGGAGUGUCACCAGACCCGGGAGUGUCCCCAGCCCCGGUGGUGUCCCCACCACCGAGGAUGUCCCCAGCCCUGAGGGUGUCCCCUCCCCCGGGGGUCGCUGUGGCUGCCGGGGUCCCCCGGCCGCUCCCCCGAGCCCCUCCCGGGACCUCCCGUGCGGUCUCGGCUGCCGCCACCGGGGACCCCCGCGGGACAACGGCGACCCCCGCGGGGCUCGGCGGCGACAACGCCACGACGAGCCCGACCGGCAGCUCGGCGACACCGCCGGGGGACAGCGGGGGACGCUGCGGGUGGCCCGGGCGGGGGUCGCGCUGUGCCUGCGCCUGCUCGGGGCUCUCCUGGCGCUGCUCUUCCUCCUCGUCCUCCUCCUCCUCGGCGGGCUCCGCUCCUUCCUGCGCGGCGGCUCCGCGGGGCUCCGCCGUUCCCGGGAGCUGCUGGCCGAGUGGCUCCGGCGGCGGGCGAGCCGGCGAGGUGACGAGGAGGUGACACGUUUGGUGGCCAUGGCCGAGGUGGCCGAGGAGGAGCUGGACCCGUUCCGGGUGCUCGGGGUGGAGCCCACGGCCAGCGACACCGAGCUGCGGCGGGCGUACCGCAGGCUGGCGGUGCUGGUGCACCCCGACAAGAGCCGCGACCCCCGGGCGGAGGCGGCGUUCAAGGUGCUGCGGGCGGGCUGGGAGCGGGUGAGCAGCCCCGAGAGGCGGCGCGAGUACCAGGCGCGGUUCCAGCUGGACAGGGACCCCCGCGGGGGCCGGUACUGUGCCCCGUGCGGGGCGUGGCACGCGGCCGAAGAGGGUGACCUGUGGGCAGAGUCCAGCCUGCUCGGCCUCAAGGUCACCUACCUGGCCCGCAUGGACGGCCACAUCUACGACGUCACCGAGUGGGCGGGCUGCCAGCGCGUGGCCAUCUCCCCGGACAGUCACCGUGUCCCCUACCACCUGUCCUUCGGCGCCAGGACAGCCACGCCCGCCGGACGCCAGCGGGCCCCCCCCAAGGGCAGCCCCCCCUCCCCCGCUGACCUCCAGGAUUUCCUGGCCCGCGUUUUCCAGGGGAAUCCGGGCCCGGGCGAGGCCGGGGGGGCUUUCCCCGCCCCCCACGGGGCUGCGGGACCCCCCCAGGGACCCCCCCAGGCCCAGGGGGGCCCCCCCAGAGGGGACACGAAGCACAAGAGGAGGAAGAAGGGGCGGCGGCCGCUGCCGCGCUGAGGAGACCCCCGAUCCCCACCCCAAAAAAAAAACAAAAAACAAAAGGGCUUGGA